AUGAAAAUGAAUACCCUUCAAGUUAAACAACCAGAAUUACUGCUCGGGAGUCAGGAGGUCACUGUAUAUUCUGCGAUCCAAAGCUAUUUACAUACGCUCGAAAAUCGAUUCCAAGAUGAACCACAAAUUUAUGAACGAUUCAUAGAAACUAUUCAGAAUUUUCAUGAAGACGAGGAAGUGUUACGCGAGGAUCUUGAAGCGACAGUUGGAGAGAUAUUGCAAGGACAUGAUGAUCUGAUUCAAGAGUAUCAGCGAAUCCGAAUGCUUUUCGAUGAACGAGAAGAUUUUGAGCUGGCUAGGACACAUGUUGAGGAGGCGAAGAAAGAAGCGCUGCGGAAAAUCGCAAGUGCGGAAAGACAAGCUGCGCAUAUACGAGCGUGCGAGGCGCAGAGUAAAUCGACGUUGCUGUGUCUCCCGAGGGAAAUCAGAGAUGCGAUUUGGAAUGAUGUCGUGCAGGGGAAUAUAGUGCAUAUUUCCCGGAUUGACGUUGAAGAUGCUUCUUCGUCUUCGUCGACACCUUUCAAGUAUCAUUCGUGCGUGGCGACCACUGGACUCAAAAGCUCGGCCUGUCCGGCGAGAGAAGGAGAUCAUGCGCUGUGUGCGAGAACUGGUCGCUCGGAUUUUCCUUCCUAUCGUUUGGUGUGCAAACAGAUGAAUUUGGAACUCCCGGAAGCGAGAGCAGCUUUCUUUGCGAAUAAUGCGCUGCAUUUUGAUAACGCGGAGGAUGCGGAGGAGUUUAUUUUCGGGUUGAAGGAGAGGGAUCGAGCGGCUAUCACGCAUCUCAGAUUUCCGGUUCCGUAUUCAUUGGCGAUGGUAGAUUACAACGAGGGAAUGAAUUUCAGAGCAUGGGAAGCAAUUAUGAAUUACUUUAGUUGUCCUUGGGCUCGAGCAACGCUUCAUCUAGAUGAAGACGAUUCGGAAUUCUUGAAAAGUCCGUGGUACUUUUACUAUUCCUCCUGUUACUAUCACCAAAACAGGGACCGCAUGUACAAGAAAUGGCAAGUCGGCUUCGGUGACACGAGUUGGGAUAUUGAUAUUGCAUCUCUCCGCUACAAAGCCGAACCAAGAAUAGAUAUCGGGAUGAGCUAUCCGGAAUCCGUAAAAACCACCCUCUUCCGUCUCUGUGCCCGCAACCACGCCCCUUUCUCAACAGAAUUCGAUAAUCCCCCACCAUGGCUCCGCUCCCUCCUUCAAUUCCGCCAAUACUCCGGCUUGAAUUUUCAUUUCUGGGCCCCCAGUCCUACUUCUGAAGAGUAUGGAAUUUUGCGCGUUCCUCGGCACGAAGCGUUCGUAGAAGCCUUGCAUGAAGAAGUAUCGCGCUCGGAAAUUGGACCUUGGAAAGUCGUAGAGUUUAGACGGAAGCCGUUUGGAAAUCCGGAUAGUGCUUCGUUGAGGAACUUGUAA